GUGAUGACGGCCCGAGGGACGAGGGGGAGCAGGCGCAGGAAGGCCGGACAACCUCCCUGCCUCGCUCGACAUCCCGUUCCCAUCCCGCACACUCGUUCGCUUCACGCACCGAGCAAGCCAGCUUCUUUCCGCAGCGCCUUAGUGUACGUGCACGCCCCUCUCACACCUGUGCGAGUUCUCUCGAAAGAGAGAGGGAGAGAUGCGGAUUCUCCUCUUUCUCAUCGCCGGAUUCGGAUUCCUCCUGGCGGAAGCCAAGGGGAAUCACGGCAGGCGAAGAACAUCACCCGACCCCCACAAGCCCGAACUGACCAACGAGAUCGACUUGGACGAGAAACCUCACCUGUCCAAGCCCCAUCACCCACGCGAGAAGCCUCACUUUGGACACUGGGGAGAGCACUGGGGGUCCCUGGACGUGGAGAAAGCCCCACACCGCAAGCAUCAUCGUCUACACCAUCGUGAUGCUCAGGGACUGCACCUUCAGGACCUCUCCUAUCAGCCAAAAGAAGAGACAGAGCUGCUGAAUCGCAUGCUUGGAGAUCAGCCAGCAGCAAGUGAUCAGCCUGCUCGUGAGAAGGUGGAGAAAAAGAGGAAGAACAAGAAUAAGAACAAGAAAAAGAAGAAGAAGGACGAUAAGAGGAACAAGAGUAAGAAGAGGGACAAAAAGAAGAAGUCAAAGAAGGAGAGCAAGAAGUUUGACUCCAAGAAAGAAUGAACAUCUGGUUGGAUUUUGUCAGAAUUCUCAAUUUUUCUAAAACCAGGCAUGAUCUGGUUCCACUUUCACUUCUCAAUCUUCACCAAGGACUAGCUGUAUCUCAUCGAAAACCUGGGAAUGUGGACUUUCCAUAUUAAAGGAGGGAAAAAUAUCCCAAGAUUUCCUCUGAAUUGCUUUACAUUCUUUUGAUGCCUGUGAUCACACUCAUAGUUUUUUGAGGUUUACCCAACUUACCCUGAUCUGUUCUUUAUUUUUUCAUAUGCCAUUUCUCUCUCUAUAAAGCAAAGCUUCUCAACAUA